AGCUGUGACGCUGAGCAGCAGCCGUAGCGACGCUAGUUGGGAGUUUAGACAAGCGGAGGGAGGAAAAUGGCGGACGAAGAUAUUACGCUUGAUGGGAAACCUCUACAAUCGCUGCGAGUGGCGGAUUUGAAAGCCGCCCUGGAGCAAAGAAACCUCCCGAAGAGCGGGCAGAAAAACACACUCCUGAAGCGGCUGAAAGGGGCACUGAUGCUGGAAAAUCUUCAGAAGUCAUCCUCCUCUCACAGUGGGCUGCAGCCCAACUCACAGAUCGGUGAGGAGAUGAGCCAGAAUAGCUUCAUAAAACAGUACCUGGCCAAGCAGCAGGAGCUCCUUCGCCAGAGACUGGAGAGAGAGGCCCAACAAGAGGAGGAGGCAGACGAAAGCCCAGCAGUGGUGGAGGAGGAUGAAGACCACUCUGAGGACAAUGACUGCUCUUCCUAUGUUUCUGACAAGAAGCAUCACACCAUACCCCCCUCAAUGACCAGAGCAGAGGAGAAAGGAGGAGGAGAUUCAGUGAUGGGUCAUGUGAUGAUGGCAUGCGGCCCUGAAGUUGGCCCUGGUCCUAUCCUCCACCCCCAGGAGUCCGUUGAGGCUCCAGGAGUAAGGAUGCAACGAGCCACCUUUCAUCAAGGACAUAAGGAGCCACCAGCUCCAUCUCCUCCCCGCGCUGUAGCCUCGCUGUCAGUGCGCGUCCUGGGCCAGCCGGACCGCCAGGGGCUGCCCCCCGCCGUACCCCGAGCCCAGGAGAAGGAGGGCACCGCACCGAGUGAACCCGGAUCUGCUCAUCCUGUGCUCCACCUUAGCCGAUCUGCCGGGGUCUCGACGGGAGGUCAGGUCCACGAGGACAGUGAUGACGAUGACGACGGUGAUGACGAGAGCGAGGAUGACGAGGAUUGGGGGCCUGGACCUGGUGGUGCACGAAAGGGCAAUCGAGUACCUCCUCAGCCGCAGCAGAUGCCUCCAAGCGCCCCAUCAACAGUUGCGAGAUCCAAACGCAAGCUUCAGCCUCCGCAGCACAUCCCACCUCCACAGGUACACCACACACCAAUGCAACUGCGCCACCCCACUCCUCCUCCCUCUCCACCUCCUGACUUGUUUCCCCUACCUGACACUCCCAAACAGAGCCCACCAGACACAGACGACCAGGAGGGAGAAGGCCCCGAGGCUUCAUGUGGUCCAAGGGUGCCGCCCUUCCCACCUUCCACCAUGCAGAGGCAAGACUCUGACUCUAGCUCUCGUUCCAGCAGUCCUGAGCCUCCUAUAAAGCGCAGGCCAGGGCCCCUUUCUCUGCUGGUACACAAGAUGGAGUCAGAGGGGGCUUUCCGUGCAGCAGAGACCUCCUCUGCUGUGGAUAUGUCUGGAGAGGCCGCACACUCCACUGCUGGAGCCGCCAGUUCCAGUGAAUCUUCACUGCAAAGAUUGGAGAGAAAGAGGCUCCUACAGAACAGGGAAGUGGAGGAAGAAAGGCGACUGAAUGAGGAGAAAGAGAAAGAACAACACCAGAAGCAAGAGAGAGAAAGAAAGAAGAUCCAAGAACAAGAGCGAGAGAAGAAACGCUUGGAAGAAGAGAAGGAAAAGGAGAGGAAACAGCUGGCGGAGGAGGAGGAGGAGAAACAGCGCCAGAAAGAGGAGCGAGAAAAAGAGAGAAACCGCCAGCAGGAGGAAAAAGAGAGAAAACACCAGCAGGAGGAAAAAGAGAGAAAACGCCAGGAAGAAGAAAAAGAGAAAAAACGCCAGCAAGAAGAAAAAGAGAGAAAACGCCAACAAGAAGAAAAAGAAAAAGUAAGAAAACACCAGGAUGAGGAGAAGAAAAGAGAGGAGAAGCUGCAAAAGGAGAAGGAGAAGAGACAGGAGACGGCCAACAAAGGAAGGGUGGCUGUGACUGAGGUCCAAGACUCAGGUUCCUCAUCAGAUUCUGACUCCAAAUCAGACUCCUCUUCACGUUCAUCACGAUCCUCCUCUUCCUCCUCCGGUGAUAAAAUCAUCCCUGUCAGAAAGCUGAAGAAGGCAGAGCAUGAUGCAGAGGACGAGAAAAACCUGAACCCGAAAGGGGCAGAGAAGCCAUGCCUUUCAAAAAGGGAGGUGUCGGAGCCCAGCGCAGCAGCAGUGACGGAGGCCGAACCAGACUCUGAGAGCUCCAGUGCCCAGCAGCCGCCUGCCGGGGCUGAGCCUGAAAACAGCGAGGGUCGCCUGGAGGAGAGCACCACUCCAAAGGCUUUUGCAGCUCGCAAGAUAUCCUUGACCAGCAGCAAGACGUCUCCAGUUGCCACAGAUGGAGGAGCAGUUGAUGGCGACACAGGAACUGUAGCAGGGAGGAAGAGGCGGUGGGGCUCCAGCACAGCAGUCACUAAGAAACCCUCCAUCAGCAUCACCACUGACUCACUGAAGUCUUUGAUCCCAGACAUCAAAGUGAACCAGGAGGCCGUUAUGGAGCUGCACCCAGAGGAGCUGCACAUGUCCGGGGACGAGGAGAUCCUGGACAGCAGCCGGGUCGACCAGGACAAAGGCCUCAAGAUCAGACGCACCGUCACGCAGGUCGUCCCGGGCGACAGCCAGGAAAACGGACAGACGAAUGAGGAGGAAGAGGUGGACAAACCGGAGAAAGAGAAACCACGCAGGACCUCCAGAGACAAGAGGAAGAACAGCGUUUCUGAGGAAGCCUCGGAAACGCAGACAACUGUCAAGAUGGAAGGAGAGGCAAAGAAAGUUACCCCCAGCGACAGUCUGGUGCGUCGCUCCAUAAGUCAACAGAAAUCCGGCGUGUCCGUCACCAUCGACGACCCCGUCCGUGCAGCCAAGCAGCCCUCGCCGCCUCACGGCAAAGUCUCAAACAUCAUCCACGUGACCAAUCUGGUGCGCCCCUUCACCCUGGGUCAGCUCAAAGAGCUGCUGAACAGGACCGGCAGCGUGGUGGAGGAGGGCUUCUGGAUCGACAAGAUCAAGUCUCACUGCUAUGUCACAUACGCUACAACAGAGGAGGCGGCCGCCACCAGAGCGGCCCUCCACGGGGUCAAAUGGCCUCAGAGCAAUCCCAAAGUCCUCAGCGUCGACUUCUGUGAGCAGGAUGAGCUCGACAUUCAAAAAGGCAUCCUGAAGCCAGAAAGGGAGGAGAUGGUAAUCUCCCCGCCAACUGGCCCUCAGACCCGGCUGCCCCCUCUGAUGCCUGAGCGAGACCGGGACCGGGAGCACGACCGCGAAAGAGACCGAGGCGUGGCGGGAGUGCGAGACCUGUGGGCGGAGCGACAGAGAGAGAUGGAGCGCCGGGAACGGGCCCGCGGCGAGCGGGAAUGGGACCGGGACAAGGUCCGUGAAUUCGCAAGCCCCGGAGAGGAAGAACAGCGCUCUCGGUCCAGAGACCGAGAGCGCAGGAGGAGAGAGAGGGCCAAGAGCAAGGAGAGGAAGACGGAGAAGAAGGGAACAGAGAAAGGAGAUGAGCCUCCUGUGAAACUGCUCGACGACUUGUUCCUGAAGACCAAAGCGGCUCCGUGUAUAUACUGGCUCCCCCUCUCCGAGGAGCAGGCGGUGCAGAGGCUUUUGGACCGCACAGAGCGCCAAAAGGAGCGCGAACGAAGGCGCAAGGAGCAGCAAGAGGAGGACGAGAAGAAGCAGGAGGAGGAGCGGAAAGAGAGGCUGAAGGCCCGGGAGAAGGAUGGCGGCGUGGCGCCGGCGGGCGCGGGGCCGGCCGUGCGAGUUGCCGACAGGGACCGAGAGAGGGAACGCGGCGGCCGGGAUAGAGAGGGGGAUAAGAAGAGGGACAACAUCCACCGGCCCUCGGUAGGCACCGGCGGUGGGCGCCGCUCUCGUAGCCGUAGCAACCCCAGGGAUAGACGUCGCUGAGGGCCGAGUGGCUGCAGGGAAAGCCGAAGACAGAGGAGGGAGUGAGGGACAUGGCGUAGUUAGGGACGCUGCAAGGAAGUCUUGGGAGGGAGUGUUUCAUCUGGGAGAUCCGGGACUUGUGUCUGCGCCUCGCUACCUGCUUUAAUUCGUCCACUCUUGACGCCAGCGUUGUCUUCCACACACUUCUGCCAUUUAACCCCACUCGCCCACCUCGUCCGUGGCAAUUUACACAGAAAAUGCCGAGUACACAUUCUGUUGACGGUAACACAACAGUUUAUUUAGCUCCGAUCCCCACGCUUGUGUUCCCUCUCCGUCUUCCAGAAGUCAGUCCUUUCCCUCUAGAGAGCGGCGGUCCUCCUCGUCUCCGUGUAGCGCCGUUAAAGAAAAGGAGCCGAGGGGCCGGUGGUUUUUCUGGCUCGCCUCAGCAUUUUGUCCCACUGAGGUUUGGGAGCUCGCCUCUUUAUUUUAGUUCUGCGGGUGCAGUUCCUUACUCCUCAGAGCCCUGUAAUAAAACCAGUCCAAAAUAGAACCCUGACCUUCAAAUAUUUUUUAGGAUCUGUUUUAGUGUUCUGCUCUUCAGCACUGAGAAUUAUUCUUUCUUUUUUCUUUUUUUCACGUUCGUCUAGAUUUGACCUCGUCAAAGUGAGGAUUUUUGUUUUGUUGUUUUAUGAAUCAUGUAAAAAAAAAAAAGAGAAAAAAAAAGAAAUUCAGCCUUGGAGGUUUGUUGUGCGUUUACAGCAGGUGAUGUUUGUGAGUAAUAACCUUCAUAUCUCUCUCUCUCUUUCCCACAAAGAUGCAACUCGUAGUCUCAACACUGUAACAUAGAAAAGUGUGAUGGAAAGAGACGUGAUGUGUGUUGUGGUGACACACGCACAUGCCCGAGUUGGUCUUUAGUGGAUGUUUUUGGAGUCGAAAAGGAGAAGAUGUAAGAUUCUUGUCAAGUGGUUUAUUCUGUAAUAAUUACAGGAAGCGGACCUUCCCUACACUGAAGUCUCAGUCUGAAACUCCCUCCUCUGAUGAUCCUCAAUCAUAUAUAUAUUUAAGAGGAGGUAGAAAUAAAAAAACGUUAACCUUCUAAUACAGUAAUGGUUACAAUUUUAAUAUUUUAUGCUUUUAGUUCGAAACCGUUAGAUAUUGUUGCUUAUUUUUUUUCCUCCCCUUCCUGCAAGUGCUGAAUGUACUGAGAAUUUAAAAAAAAUUGAAUAAAUUUAAAUUGGUUAUCAGCUUCUC